AACAAAUAAGAGGAAAAAAAAUAAAUACAAAUUAAGGUAAUAAUCGUGGGACGUUAACAAAAUUAGAACUUUCUCAACGCGUCCUUCGGUUGCACGUGUCAAGAGAUGAUAGGAAGACCGAAGGGGUAGAGGUCGAGGAGGUAUCGAGCAUUCUCGACUUCAUUCUUCUCGUCUCCUCUCUCUCUCUUUCUUCAAUCUCGACGGGGGAUUCAGUCUCGCAAUCUGGCAAGAAAAAUCCGACACCGAGCUCUCGUUAAAUCGUCAUCCUCUCCGCCGAAUCUAAUCUACCGCUGUGGGAAAUCGAAAUCUGUGACGAUUCUCAACGUCUCCCACUUCUCUCUCACAUCGAAACCUUCUCCUCCGAAACCAGGUGUGUCUUCGUUCUCUCUACUCCGUUUGCUUGUUGUAUGCUUAAUAGGAAGUGGAAUUGACUGAUUCAUUGUCUUAUUAGUGAGUUAAUUUACUGAUUUGUGAAUUCGUUGGAGUAAAAGUUUUCUUCGGAUUCGUAUGGUAGUUAAUUAAACUUGAGUUGUUUUUGUGUUAAUCGAUUCCUUUAGUAGAGUUGUUAAGAAUGGGUUGGUUAAUCAUUCUGUGUUAAUCAACUUGAGUUGUCCUCUACUUUCCUUGACUUGUUAUGUAAAUUAAACAUGUUUUCUUUUGUUGAAUCGAUGAGUUGUUUAUGUGUUCUUUAAGACAAAGAAUGGUUUCUUUAUAAAUUAAACAUGUUUUCUCAUUUGCUUUACAAUGAGAAAAUGAGUUCUGUGAAUAUAAAGAAAGGAUCUUUUUGCCUUAGAUCGUCUGGUAGGUAAACGUUUUAAUGAGGUUAAAGGUUUUAAAAAAUAGUAAAAGCAUGGUCUGUGUUGAUGUGUGAUCCAAAAUUGAAGUGAAUUGUGGUGAAGGACUGCUUACAUAGCUGUACUUGUGUGAAGUGAUUUGGGUAUAGCUUUGUAGUUGUGUGAAGAGUUAUUACUUGAAUGCUGUAAGAGGAACUUGAAUGCUUUGUAGUUGAGUGAACUGUUAGGAGGAAUUUAAUGAGGAUUUCUAUUUAUGUGAGAUGGUUAAAGAUUUUGUUACUAUGGUUCGCGCUUUAAAAAUGGUUUGGUGUUUUAGUUUGUUUGGUCGUAGUCUAGACUAGUAUAAUCUGUUUGUUUGUGGCUAUAUGAUUGGAUCUUGUUUGUUUCUAACCGCAAUGUGUGUAGUAAAUAAUGUGGCAAUAUAAUUUAGUUACUUGAUUGCUUUUUUUGGUUGCUAUGGGUGUAGUAACUGAUGAUUAGACCCUGGUUGUUUAUGGUUAGGUAAUUACUGACCAUCCUUAACUUUCUCAUCUAUUUAACAACCACCUUCUUUCACUCUUGUUUUCUAAAUCAAACUAGUCUCCGGUUUCUAUCGGGUCUCUCUUAUUUAAUCUCUUUUAUUGUAAUCGUUAUGGAUUCAAGGAAUCCAUUGAAUCCAUAUGGUCAGUCCCCUAGUUUAGUCGGCCUCCUUAACAGUCAGAACUUUUCUUAUGAAAGUUACCAACCGGGUGUCCACAUUGGAGAAUCACAACAGUCAUCAGAGAUCCCUCCUUUUAGUUCACAAGAAACCGAGACACCAGUGGGCUCUAAGGAGAGAAAGAAGUGGACACCAGCCGAUGACGAGGUUAUAAUCAGCGCUUGGAUAAACACGUCUAAAGACCCGGUUGUAGGAAAUUCACAGAAGCUAGGCACUUUCUGGUCCCGAGUUGGUGAAUAUUAUGCUGCAUCUCCACAUGCUGUACAGAGUGGUGACCGAAGAGAGCAUCUCAAUAUAAAGCAGACUGUACUACACAUGCGACCACGUUGAUGACGGCGACUGCCAUGUAUGGAAGUGGUGGGACGUCGCCGUGAUGGAGGAGAUGAAGGCGAGGGAAAACCAGCUAUUUCUAUUAGAGGAAAAGGUAGAUAAUCUUAACUUAAUGUCUGACCUUGAGACAGAGGAGAAGCUAGUUAGACUAGAGAAGUUAGUUGAGGAGAAAUUAGCUAAGAAGAAAUCUACUGUUAUCGGUGGGGUUGAAGUAGUUAUUGGUGUAAUGCUCAUAGUUUUAGUUGUAAUAGGUCUGUUGAUCGCCUUUAAGUGAUGCAAGACGAUGGUUGCGAGACUUGGCUAUGUUAUGUAAUGUCGUAUUAUCAUCUUCAACUUUCCUCUACGUGUUAUCAGCUUUGUAUCAAUGCUAUUUUGUAAGUCGUGUUUUAGUACUUUUGAAUCAAUGCUAUUUUGUUUCUUUCCUCUACAAAUCCCGUGAUCUUUAUAAACCCCAUACCCGUGACCUUUAUAAAACUCCUUACCCGUGAAUUAUAAUCCAAAACAUCAUGAAAAUCCAAAACAUCACUCAUACCCGUGAAUCCACCCCGUGUAUAAUUUGAAAAGAAACACAACACGGGAAGACAUAUGGUUCUCUAUAAAUAUGAGAGAACGUUCGAUCAUUCAACAUAUACUCAUUUCAAUUCUCUAAAGCAAUUUCAUCUACUCAUUUCAACACUAUAAUUUUUUUUUCCCUAAAAAUGGCAUCUUCAUCUCAUUACCAUUACCACAAUAAUGAUGACAAUGAUGAUGAAUUUGAAUCAGUCUUUGAAGAUUUAUUAGAAAUCCCUGAUACUAUUCUGGAACCGAAAGAGCGGAAAAAACGUAUAUUUAUCGAGAGAGACCGGGAAGAAGGCCAUCGAAAGCUCUGGAAUGAUUAUUUUUCGGAAACUCCAACAUAUCCGCCCAAUAUAUUCCGGCGACGGUUUCGAAUGAGUAAGCCGUUGUUCAUGCGCAUUGUCCACCGUCUCUCUACGGAAGUUCACUAUUUUGCUCCUACACAAGAUGCACUUGGAAGGUCAAGUCUAUCACCGAUCCAAAAAUGCACGGCCGCAAUUCGUCAAUUAGCAUAUGGUGGUGGGGCCGAUACGGUAGACGAAUAUGUUCGACUUGGUGAAACAACAGCGCGGAAUUGCUUGCACCAAUUUACUGCCGCAAUUAUCGACUUGUUUGGCGAUGAAUACCUAAGACGUCCAACACCGGAGGAUCUUGAAAGACUACUACAUAAGGGAGAACAACGUGGAUUUCCCGGGAUGAUUGGAAGCAUCGACUGUAUGCACUGGGAGUGGAAGAAUUGCCCCACCGCUUGGCAUGGUAUGUAUUCACGAGGAACCGAUAAACCAACGAUUGUCCUCGAGGCCGUAGCUUCUUAUGACCUCUGGAUAUGGCAUGCAUUUUUUGGAGCUCCAGGUACUAUGAACGAUCUAAAUAUUCUUGAUCGAUCACCUGUUUUUGAUGACAUUAUUAACGGAGUUGCUCCGGAAGUCAACUUCCAUGUUAACGGAAGGGAGUAUAAUUUGGCCUACUAUCUCACUGAUGGUAUUUAUCCAGAAUGGGCGACAUUUAUUCGAUCUAUCCGACUACCACAGGGUCCAAAACAUUCCCUAUUUGCUACAGCCCAAGAAUCAGUCCGAAAAGACGUUGAGCGUGCCUUUGGAGUCCUACAAGCUAGAUUCGCCGUUAUUAAAAAUCCAUCUAGUUUAUGGAAAAAAUCGAAGAUAGCCAAUAUUAUGAGAGCAUGUAUCAUACUCCAUAAUAUGAUUGUCGAAGAUGAACGACGUACAGACGAUCAAGAUGAGACGUUUCAAGAUCAGGAUGUUUCAUUUUGCGUUAAGAUGCCUACAGAGAUUUUUAGUUCACUUGAUCGUCGAGCAAGAGUUCGGGAUAGACCAGUCCAUCAACAAUUGAAACAUGAUUUGAUCGAACAUAUAUGGGAUAAAUUUGGACCUUAAAAUUAAAAUCGGUGACUUUUAUGUUAUUGUAAUUUUUUUUAACAGUAUCAGUAAUUUUUUUCCAACUUUGUAAUUUUUUUUUCUACUUUGUAAUUUUUUUUUUCAACUUUGUAAUAUUCAUAUGUUUAAUGUUAUAUGUUUUAUCAUAAAAUCCUACCAAACAAUUUACAAAAAAAACAAAAUUUAAUAUUUUGCUAAGAACCUACCAAAACUUCUACCAAUAAUCUUUACUUUUACUCAUGUAUCUUACCAAAAUCUCUUAACCUAAUUAUAUUAUUAAAGUAAUACUAAGAUAUGCAAUUGCAUAUCUAGCAAUGCUGAUGCCCUAAGGCAUCCUCUUUCUUUGUUUCUUGUACUGUUUGCAGACUUUUUUGGCAUUUGGCGGCUCUCUAUUUUUUAUUUUUAUUUUUUAGUUAGAAAAAGAAAAAAGAAUCCCAAUGUUGGGUUUAGGGUUAAAGAUGCCCUCAGAUGAUACAAAAUUUCUGUGUGUUGGUAAAUUUAGUUUAAGUGUGCUAAAUUUGUUAGUAAAAAAGUGUGAUAAAAGUGGAAAGUGUUUAGCAUCUAUAAGCGUAAUUAUCUCUACCUAUGCGAUAUUGGUCGAUGGUCAAUAAAAAUCGAGGCAAAAGCGGCGUGGAGGCAUUACGUUACAUGCAGAAAGGCCACGUAAUGCGACUCUGUUUUCACAUAGCAGUGAGAGAGAAGAACAGAGAAAAGACGAGAGAUGACGCCAGAGAGCUUGAUAGCGUCGGCGUCGAUCAACAUAGGACUCGCCAUCCUCGCACUCUGGCUCUUCUCCGUGCUUAAGAAGCAGCCACGCAACGCCGUCAUCUACUACGCUCGCCUCCUCUCCGAUCGCCACCGCGCUGAGCUUCCUCUCCACUCUUCCUUCUCCCUCCCUCGCUUCCUUCCUUCCGUCGCUUGGAUCCCACGAGCUUUCCGUGUCCCUGAGGACGACAUCCUCCGCCGCCAUGGCCUCGACGCUCUCGUCCUCAUGAGGCUCUUCAAAUUUGGAAUCAAAUUCUUCAUGUUGUGUUCGUUACUUGGAGUAGCACUGCUUCUUCCUGUUGAUUAUUACAGUGAGUCAGAUUUGCCUACGAGAAAGGAGUACUCGAUGGAUGCUUUCACUAUAUCAAAUAUCACUAGAGGUUCUAACAAGUUGUGGGUGCAUUUCUCAUGCUUGUGGUUCAUAUCAUUCUAUGCGUUGUUUUUGUUGUAUAAGGAAUACAAAGAGAUUCUUGUGAAAAGGCUUCAGCAAAUGAGAGAACUAAGUCAUCGUGCUGACCAGUUCACUGUUCUUGUCCGGCAAGUUCCAAUCUGCCCUGAACAUAACACUCGUAGCUGCGGUGUUGACCACUUCUUCUCUACGCAUCAUCCUUUCAAUUAUCAUUCGCAUCAGAUGUUGUAUGAUGGAAGAGAUAUUGAAUACCUUUUGGGGAAGCAGAAGAAGCUUAAGAAAGAGCUAGAAGAAAAUAGAAACACAGAUGAACAUAAACAUAUAUCAAUUUCUGAAGAAAAGUUUCGAGAAUUUGCUCAUAAGGUUUCCCAACUUCAAAGUGAGGCUAUGCUCAGAGAGAAGGAGUUACCUGUUGCGUUUGUCACCUUCAAAUCACGAAGAAGUGCUGCACUGGUAGCUCAAACACAGCAGCACUCAAACCCUCUAGAACUGAUCACUGAAAUGGCUCCUGAACCAAGAGAUGUGUCAUGGAGAAAUCUUGCUAUCCCUCAACAGAUAUUGCCUCUCAACAAAAUCGGAGUCAUCCUUGCAGCAGCAGCACUCACAAUUUUCUUUGCUAUUCCGGUCACAGCUGUGCAGGGAAUAGCAAAGUAUGAGAAGCUUAAGAAAUGGUUUCCUCCAGCCAUGGCUGUUGAAUUCAUACCAGGGCUCAGCUCGGUUGUGACGGGGUACCUCCCAAGCGCAAUACUCAAAGGUUUCAUGUACAUUGUCCCCUAUGCUAUGCUUGGAAUGGCUUAUCUCGGUGGUUCUAUCUCCAAGAGCAAAGAGGAGAUAAAAGCUUGCAAUAUGGUCUUUUAUUUUCUAAUGGGGAAUGUUUUCUUCUUGAGUGUCAUAUCUGGUUCAUUACUAGAUGAAAUUGGUGAAUACUUCACUCAUCCUAGAGACAUUCCUAGUCACCUUGCUGCUGCCGUUUCAGCCCAGGGAGAGUUUUUUAUGACAUACAUCUUAACUGAUGGGCUGUCUGGAUUCUCUUUGGAGAUUCUUCAACUGGGGCUGAUAACAUUUGAUAUCAUAAGAUCAUGCACUUAUGGAAGAGCAAAAGAGAACAACACUUAUCUCUUUUCGUUUCCAUAUUUUAGGGUUAUCCCCACAGUGUCCUUAUCGAUAUUGAUUGGUAUGAUAUAUGCUGUGGUCGCACCAUUGAUGCUUCCUUUCCUAGUUGGCUAUUUUUGCCUUGGAUACAUUGUCUACUUCAACCAGAUGGAAGAUGUGUACGAGAUGACAUAUGAUACUUGUGGUUGCUUCUGGCCAAUCAUUCAUCACUAUAUCUUUGUAUCAAUUAUACUUAUGCAAGUCACCAUGGUGGGCCUCUUUGGGCUAAAGUCAAAGCCAUCUGCAGCUAUAGCUACUGUACCUCUCAUAUUGAUCACUAUAGCUUACAACGAGUACUGCAAGAUCCGCUUCCUCCCAUCAUUCAAACAUUUCCCAAUACAGAAAGAAUCUAUGUUGUUGCUUGGUGUAGACGGCAGUUGAAAUAGAUGAAGUAGAUGAAAAGAACGGGGAGAUUGAAGCACAUUAUGUUGAUGCUGCAAAAGCUUAUAACCGGCAUCAACCUUGUUUAGAGCGUGUAAGCUUAGCGGAAUCACCAAGGAACUUGAACCAACCG